UGGCCGACUGGAGACUCUUUCUCACCGCACACCGAAAGUAUGGCCGCGCGCGCGCUCUUCCUGAUCGCCCUCGGAGCUCUGAGCGCCCGCGCGCAGUACGGAGACCGCGGAAUGUCGGUGCCCGAGCAUGGCUUCUGCCAGCCCAUCUCCAUCCCUCUGUGCACGGACAUCGCCUACAACGAGACCAUCAUGCCCAACCUGCUCGGCCACACCAACCAGGAGGACGCGGGACUGGAAGUGCACCAGUUUUACCCGCUGGUGAAAGUGCAGUGCUCGCCGGACCUCAAGUUCUUCCUGUGCUCCAUGUACGCGCCGGUGUGCACGGUGCUGGAGCAGGCGCUGCCGCCGUGCCGGUCCCUCUGCGAGCGCGCGCGUCAGGGCUGCGAGGCGCUGAUGAAUAAAUUCGGCUUCCAGUGGCCGGAGAGCCUGGCGUGCGAGUCCUUCCCGGUGCACGGCGGAGAGCUCUGCGUGGGACAGAACACCACCGGGCCGAGCCCCCCAGUCAGCCCGACUCCCGACGCGACGCAGGCGCCUCCGGAGCCCUCCCAGCGCGGCCGCUUCCAGUGCCCGCCGUCGCUCAGAGUCCCCCCGUACCUCAACUACCGCUUCAUGGGAGAGGACAACUGCGGAGCGCCCUGCGAGCCCAGAAAACUGCACGGCAUGAUGUACUUCAGCGAGGACGAGCAGAAGUUUGCGCGCAUCUGGAUCGGGAUCUGGUCCGUCCUAUGCUGCGCUUCAACUUUAUUCACAGUUCUGACUUAUCUGGUGGACAUGAAGCGCUUCAGCUACCCGGAGAGACCCAUCAUAUUCCUGUCCGGCUGCUACACCAUGGUGUCCAUCGCCUACAUCGCCGGAUUUCUCCUGGAGGACAAGGUUGUCUGCAACGAGCAGUUCGAGAACGAGUUCAGGACUGUGGUUCAGGGCACCAAGAAGGAAGGCUGCACCAUAUUGUUCAUGAUGCUGUACUUCUUCAGCAUGUCCAGCUCCAUCUGGUGGGUGAUCCUGGCGCUCACCUGGUUCCUGGCGGCCGGGAUGAAAUGGGGUCACGAGGCCAUCGAGGCCAACUCGCAGUACUUCCACCUCGCGGCCUGGGCAGUGCCCGCCAUCAAAACCAUCACCAUCCUGGCUGUGGGUCAGGUGGACGGGGACGUGCUCAGCGGGGUGUGCUUUGUGGGCAUCAACAGCGUGGACGCGCUGCGCGGAUUCGUGCUCGCGCCGCUCUUCGUGUACCUGUUCAUCGGCACCUCGUUCCUCCUGGCGGGAUUCGUGUCGUUGUUCCGCAUCAGGACCAUCAUGAAGCACGACGGCACUAAAACGGAGAAGCUGGAGAAGCUGAUGGUGCGGAUCGGGAUCUUCAGCGUGCUCUACACGGUUCCGGCCACCAUCGUGAUCGCCUGUUACUUCUACGAGCAGGCCUUCCGCGCGCACUGGGAGCAGACGUGGAGCGCGCACUCGUGCAAGACAUACGCGGUGCCGUGUCCCGCGCACAACCCGCAGAUGAACCCGGACUUCACGGUGUUCAUGAUCAAGUACCUGAUGACCCUGAUCGUGGGCAUCACCUCCGGCUUCUGGAUAUGGUCUGGAAAGACGCUCAAUUCCUGGAGGAAGUUUUACACGAGACUGGCGAACAGCAAACAGGGAGAAACCACAGUGUGAAGCUCUGCUUUCAUUAUUAUUACUGCUCACCACUUCACCUGAGUG